UCUCAUCUAACUCUGUUCCUCUAAACACUCCUCCUUUUCUUUUGCUAUCAAAACACACCUUUUUCACAUCUUAAAGAGAUAUAAUGGCAAUGUCAUUCUCAGGAGCCGUUCUCAGUGGGAUUAGUUCUUCUUUCCAUAGCGGAGGAGCCAAGCUUAGCGGCGUUAGCUCCCUUAGAGUUGGCCGGAAGACUGAUUUGAUCGUCGUCGCUCAGCGCAAGAAGUCGUUGAUCUACGCCGUUAAAGGUGACGGAAACAUCCUCGAUGACGUCAACGAAGCCGCAAAGAAAGCUACGGAUUUCGUGACGGAGAAGACAAAUGAGGCGUUGAAAGAUGGAGAGAAAGCAAAAGACUACGUUGUUGAAAAAACCGGUGAAGCCAAAGAUACGGCAGUGGAGGAAGCUCAGAAAACUUCCGAGUAUGUGUCGGAGAAAGGAAAAGAGGCCGGAAACACGGCGGCUGAUUUCGCAGAGGGUAAAGCAGGAGAGGCUAAGGAUGCCACAAAGUCCUAAUUCAACCACUUAACUAGUAGAUACAUCGAUUCUCUCUCUCUCUCUUCAUGUUCAAUACUUUACAAUAACGAUCAGUUUGUUUUAAUUUCUAUCUCAUAUGUUACUUAAUUACUAUCCAUCACACUAAAAAUUCUUAUAAAAUGAUUAAAAAGAAAUUGGAUAUGAAUGGAACCUUUUACAG